AUGGCGACCUUUCACCCGUUUCCGCACCUCUUUCCCGAGCUUCGCGCCCAUAUCUGGAGACUGACAGCAGAUCCACGUCUCGUCAGCAUCCGCGUGCGUAAGACGGCCACGAGUGACCUUGCCGCCAAGCGAUACCAAUACGCUUCGCCGACACCACCACCUGCCGUCAUGCACGUCUGCCAAGAGUCCCGCAAGCUCGCUCUCUACCAGGAGGCCUUCGUCGCCGGUGGAUCCAACGUUCCACGCUCGUACAUAUGGGUCAACUUUGAGGAAGACAUGAUCUGUCUGGAAGACGACAGCGUGGAGUGGCUUUCACCCCACGAUACAGACAUUCGACGACUCAGGUUCACGGUGCCACGAGGAGACCUUGGUGCCACGUUCUACGAGUAUUUCGCUCACCGCAGCCAUGAAAUGUUGGAGAGGUUCACGGCCUUGAGGGCACUGCACCUGGCCAUCGGCGAGAACAUUUUGCUCUGGGGAUCAACGGUCUGCGGCCCAGGAUAUGGAGCGUGUCCUAGAGAAAAUGUACGAUUUGAAGACCUCAAGACCGGCCUUUUGUUAACUGGGCCGCAAUUGGAGAUGACGUACAGCUGGUCUGAGCUUGAUGGGGGACGCGUACAGGAUAUGGAGGAUUUUGACGACGAGUUGCAGUUUAUGCUUGACAACGACACUGGAUUGGACCUUUCCACAUACGCGAAGAUGGAUUAG